AUGAAAAGACAAAGCUUGAGGGUAUUCUCCUCAUCUUUAUCGGUAUUGGUGGGACGUACUAACAUCAACAAUAGUAGAAUAACUCUGUUAAAGAGUAACAAUAUCCUUCCUUCGAGUGUGAGAAGAGGAUUUUCCUCAACUUGUAUGGUCAAGGCAAGAGAAAUUAAAUUGAAUAGUUUUUUGAAGGAGGUUAAGAAGAAGGCUUCCGAUGAGGAAGAGUUGGAAGUGGAUUUGGUUAAACAAUUUGAGGAAAAUAAGAAUUUAAUUGUUGAUGAAAAACCACAAGCCACCACUGUUGUUACUAAACAGAGAGUUUUUGAUAAAUCCUUUGAUGAAAUGUUUAAUGAAGGAGAGGAUUAUUUAGAAAAACGAGUAUUACACAAGGCUUCAGAAGCCUUUUCGGAUUGUAUUGAAAUGAAACCAAAUAAUUAUUUGCCAUAUUUACAACGAUCGAAGACUUAUCUGUUAAAGGGUGAACAUGCUCUUGCUCUUAACGAUAUGGAUAAAUGUAUGGAAAUUUUGAAUGAAUAUCCAGAUAAUGACAUGACAAAACAAUCAAAGAUUGAUAUUUUACAUAAUAGAGCUGUGUAUUAUUUUGAACAUGAGAAAUAUAGUGAUGCAGAGAAAAAUUACUAUGAAUCUGUUGGAUUUUACGAUGCCAUUGAACAAAAGAAUGUCAAAGUGAAGAAAGUUUAUUCUGAAUCACUCAAUAAUUUGGGGUUCCUUUUAUUGGAAAGGUCAGCAGCUGAAGAGGCACUUGAAAUAUUCGAAAAAUCUUUAGAAAUUAGACUAAGCGAGCCAGAACUUUCCUCAGAAAAGGAAAUUUCAAAAAUUUACUUUAAUAUUGCACGAGCUCACGAAAAAUCUGGAAAUUUUGCAAAAAGUAUAGAGUUUACAUCUAAAUUUUUAGAAACCAAUCCAGACAACUAUUCUGCCAAUUUAUUGUUAGCCAAGACUCUGAACAAAAUAGGUCAAUUUGAAAAAUCCAUUCAAGCUUGUGAUGCUUGUUAUAAUAUUUUACAAAAGGUUUCAACCGAAGACUUGGGAAAAACUGAAUUGAAAAGGCAUAAGAAAAAUAUUUCCUUUAUUUUACUUCUUAAAGGAAAUAACUAUUUGGAGAAGAAUGAUAUUGAUAACGCUGAAAAAUUCUUCAUGACAGCAGUGGAGUCUAAUAGAGCUGAUUUACAACCAUGGUUUGAGAUUCCAAAGCUUUGA